AUGCUGGUUCAUUAUAAAAAACACCACCCUCACUUGUUUCAGCAGAAACUUCAUGUUAAUCCCAAGAUCUUUGAUGAUGUCCUUGAUUUUAUCUCUGAUCAUCCCAUCUUCCAAAACCAGUCCAACAAUCCCCAGCUCUCUGUCUCCAUUCAAUUGGCUAUUAUUUUGAAUCGAGCAGGCCACUACAGAAAUGCCAUUACUCUUGAAGAUGUUGCUCAAUGGGCAGGUGUGAGUGUUGGAUCCAUAGUUAAUUGCACUAAUUGUGUAAUGAUUGUGGUGCUUGAUGCUCAUAAUCAGUUUAUCUGCUUCCCAGCAGAUAAUUCUGAGGAUGCUGAUCUGGCUCGCAAAUUUGCUGAGUCAUGUACCUUUCUCGCAAUCAAUGGCUCAACUAUGAAUUUUUUCACCAGACCUGGUUACUUUGGUGAGACAUUUUAUGAUAGGAAAUCUAAAUAUUCCCUUGGCUGCCAGGUAUUUUUUUAA